AUGAUGCAUUUAGCAAAACGGAGAGCAGUAAUGAAGUGUCCAUUGCUAUAUUUGGCAGAUAGUUCGCCAACACCGGUGGAGGUCAGAUGGUCUCGAGGAGAGCGCAGAGCAUCUAGCGUCGCAGAGCGCAGAGCAUCUAGCGUCGCAAAGCGUAGAGCAGCUAACGUCGCAGAGCGCAGAGCAGCUAGCAUCGCAGAGCAGCUAACAUCGCAGAACGUAGAGCAGCUAGCAUCGCAGAGCGCAGAGCAGCUAGCGUCGCAGAGCUUAGAGCAGCUAGCGUCGCAGAGCUUAGAGCAGCUAGCGUCGCAGAGCUUAGAGCAGCUAGCGUCGCAGAGCUUAGAGCAGCUAGCGUCGCAGAGCUUAGAGCAGCUAGCGUCGCAGAGCUUAGAGCAGCUAGCGUCGCAGAGCUUAGAGCAGCUAGCGUCGCAGAGCGCAGAGCAGCUAGCGUCGCAGAGCUUAGAGCAGCUAGCGUCGCAGAGCGCAGAGCAGCUAGCGUCGCAGAGCUUAGAGCAGCUAGCGUCGCAGAGCGCAGAGCAGCUAGCGUCGCAGAGCGCAGAGCAGCUAGCGUCGCAGAGCGCAGAGCAGCUAGCGUCGCAGAGCGCAGAGCAGCUAGCGUCGCAGAGCGCAGAGCAGCUAGCGUCGCAGAGCUUAGAGCAGCUAGCGUCGCAGAGCGCAGAGCAGCUAGCGUCGCAGAGCUUAGAGCAGCUAGCGUCGCAGAGCGCAGAGCAGCUAGCGUCGCAGAGCUUAGAGCAGCUAGCGUCGCAGAGCUUAGAGCAGCUAGCGUCGCAGAGCUUAGAGCAGCUAGCGUCGCAGAGCGCAGAGCAGCUAGCGUCGCAGAGCUUAGAGCAGCUAGCGUCGCAGAGCGCAGAGCAGCUAGCGUCGCAGAGCUUAGAGCAGCUAGCGUCGCAGAGCUUAGAGCAGCUAGCGUCGCAGAGCGCAGAGCAGCUAGCGUUGCACAACGCAGAGCAGCUAGCGUCGCAGAGCGCAGAGCAGCUAGCGUCGCAGAGCGCAGAGCAGCUAGCGUCGCAGAGCGCAGAGCAGCUAGCGUCGCAGAGCGCAGAGCAGCUAGCGUCGCAGAGCGCAGAGCAGCUAGCGUCGCAGAGCGCAGAGCAGCUAGCGUCGCAGAGCGCAGAGCAGCUAGCGUCGCAGAGCGCAGAGCAGCUAGCGUCGCAGAGCAGCUAG